GUGGAUAAAAUUGCAAUCGACUAACGUUUAAAAAAAUUAAUUUACGAACAUGGAGACGUCGUGGGUAAAUACUACUUGUGCGUUGCAAGAUUUCGCAAAUGCUCUGCUUUGUGGGAAAUGUGGGUCAAAACCAGUUUCCCCUGUAAGGCUCACAAAUUGUGGACAUUUCUUUUGUCGUAAUUGUGUCCAAUCUGCAACGAAAUGUAAUAAAUGUGAUAUACCAGUGCAGCCAAAGGAAAUAAAACCUGAUCAUUUAGUAUCCAGUCUUAUACAAAAUUGCGAUGUUAUUGCAGAUAUUAUUCAUAAAAGAGAUAUAUGGGAUAUUACUACAGAUGCAUCUAGUAUAUCGUUGGACAAUACAAUAUCCACAAUAUUUCAUACACCAAAGAAACAGAGUUAUCCAGGUAUGCGAAAUAUAAAUAAACCAAAUCACAAAGGAGAAACACCAUUACACAGAGCAUGUUUGAAGAAAAAUGCUGAACAAGUUAAACAUCUCUUGUUGCUUAAUGCAAAUCCUAAUACAAAAGAUCAUGCUGGUUGGACACCGUUGCAAGAAAUGGUCAGUUAUGGAUGUACUGAAAUAUGUAAGUUGCUAUUGAAUUGUGGAGCUUUGCCCGAUAUAUCUGGUUAUAAGAGCCGAAAACCACUACAUGAAGCUGCUAAGUGUAACAGAAUUGAAGAAGCUAAGUUGUUGUUGCAUUAUAAUGCGGACAAAAACCUACCUGAUCAGUAUGGCAAAAAACCUAUAGACUACUGUAAAUCAGAAAAGAUGCGACAACUUCUGAUGGAUUUACCUAGAACUCCAUCAGAAAAGAUAUCAGACCUUGAUCAAACUCUAGAUAAAUCUAUUCGUUCAAGAUGUGAUAAAUUUGUGAUUCUUGCGUCAAAUUUAAAACGUGAAAAUCAGAAAUUGCUUGGUCUCGUGGCCGCAAAACAUAAAUUCAAAAUGUUGACAACGUAUAGACCAUCUGUUACACAUGUCAUAGUAGAGACAAAUGAGCAAAAUAUUACAACAUUAACACUUGACGUCUUAUUCUCAAUUAUUUAUGGGAGUUGGCUUCUCAGUAGCGAGUGGAUUCGACUGGCAGAAGAUAUGGAUGAAAUAGCUAAUGUGGAUCUCGAAUUGUUUGAAGUUAACGGCGCGCCUACUUCUGAUAUCCCGAGGAAAGCCAGACAGAACGCUGAAUGUCAAAAUCCACGUCUAUUCAAUAAUUGUUUCUUUUAUUUUUCUUUGCAAGCAAAUACAACUUAUCACAUUGCUGACGUACAAUUUACUAAGAACGAUCUAAUAAGCCUUGUAAAGGUAGGAGAAGGAACAGUACUCACUAGAGAACCAAAUCCAGAAGAUCUAAAAAAUGUGUCACAAGUGAUACCUUUCCAUACUGCGAAUGAUCCAUCUCAUCCUUUACAUAAGUGUACACAUUAUAUUAUAUAUGUGCCAGGUAAAAAGAUAGGUGAACCGCUUAUUAAAUAUAAUAUGCCACAUAUCAAGAGUCUGCCGUUAGUAUGGCUUAUUGAAUGCAUCGAAAAAUUUACUCUUGUUAAUCCAGCUCACCUGGGAUUGUGCUAAGUGCUUAAAUUAUCUUAUAUGAGGAUUAGUCCAAAAAUAAGUUUCCCUACUUUAAGAAAAAUAGAAAAACAAAGUUCAAAAAUCUGAAAAAAAUUUUUUUACUUAUUAUACUUUGUUUAUUUGAAAAAAAUGACAUUGUUUCUAUUGUA